AUGUCUUAUGACGACUAUAUGAGAAGAAAUUUAGAAUUUGAAAAAGAUGAUAAGGAGUAUCUAAAAAUUUCAUCUAUGAAAGGGGUUGUGAGAUGUGGCAAGAAACUGAAGUUGAGUCCUCGUUAUGUUGGUACCUAUGAAAUCUUGCAAAGAGUAGGUAAGGUUGCAUACGAGUUGAAGUUACCUAGUGAAUUGGCUUCGGUUCAUCCGGUGUUCCAUGUUUCAAUGUUUAAGAAGUGUAUCAAUGAUAUCGAGUCCAUUCUUCCUAUUGAAGGUCUAGGUGUUCAAGAGAACGUCUCUUAUGAGGAGGUUCCUAUUGAAAUCCUUGAUACAGAAGUAAAGAGGUUAAAGGAAAAAGAAGGUGGCAUCCAUAAAGGUGUUAUGGAAGAAUCACCUAGUUGUGGGUGCACCAUGGGAGGCCGAGGCUGGCAUGAAGUUCUGUUACCCUGA